UCAUGGUGGGGUAGUAGUAUGAGCAUGGAGUGGCAGGCGAAAUAAAUAAAAGUUGACUAUGGAUUAGCUUAAUUUCGACAGAUGAUUAAAAGAAAAGAACAACAUGCUCCGCAGAUCAAGGAUAAGUGUUCGGCCGAAUGUCAGGCCGGCAGGGAGAGGCCCUGCCCCCAGGUCUUCACAGGAACCUAGCCAAGAGGCUCCUGCCACGGACCUCCAGGACACAGGCGAUCUGGCCAAGGCAGGGUCACAGGAGGGGAAAGACCCUUCUACUCCUGAAGAAACUGAGAAUCCUUCCGAACCACCCACACUUGGAGAUGAUGGGAAGGAAAAGAAUGGCGAGGCUUCCUCCAGCGCCCCCCCCUGCUCUGCAGGAUCUCAGAGGAGGAAGCGUUACUCAGUCAUGCCCAACCUCGCCAAGCCCCGGGUGACCCCUGCCCUCACCCGCUCCACCAACCGGACCUCCAGGUCCCCUGUGAAAGCUACCCAGGAGACCCGAGUUCCAGCCUCGGCCCCGGACUCAGAGGUUCCAGGGCCCUCCGACCAGACUCUCGCCACAGUCCCGCAGGGAGUCCGUUCCCCUCGCAGGCGCAGGCCCUCAGGUGGGGCCAGACAGCCUAUCCAGGCCAAGCCCACCUCCCCAGGCUCCCCAGACCCUUCUCCAGCGGACCAGUCCGAGCGGGAGGAAGGCGGGCCGCAGCAAGGCCCGCCCUCCGAACAUCCGGCAGAAUGCCAGCUCGCCAACAGCCAAUCAGACGGCCCGUCCACAAGUCAGACCAAGGAUGCUCCUCCCCCCGUUCUGGAGAAGGCCACGCCUUCCCUGCCGAGCAGAGAGGCCUCGGAGCUGUCCGAGAGAGCCAGGACCCUGGUGUCCAGGUCUGUGAAAUGCGGCCUGUCUCUAGCACCGGGGAAGUCUAGGCUGAGCAGGCUGCUGAAUGACCCGACAGACCUGCAGAGGCUGGCCAAGGCUCGCAAGCUCCGCGAGCUGCUCAAACAGGAGAUGAACAAAGAGAGGAAAUCGAAGAAGGCCAAGGUGUGCGCGAAGGAGUACACAGUGGAUCCUUCCAAGAUGACCAUGAGAGAUCUUAUCUACUACCUGCCGGAUUCAAACCCAAUGACGUCCUUUGUAGAAGAUAAACGUGCGGAGUCCGAGAUUGUGAUCCCGAACUCUCCAUCGAGGGAAGAAUCUCCAGAGAGACUUCCGGAACGGGAGAAGCUUCCGGAACCGGCGAGCCAGAGAGAGGAAGAGGAGGGCGACGCCGACGAAGACGAGGGGGACUCGGACGCAGGGCAGGACGACCAGCUGAUGGUGCCCAGGGUAAAGGUGGCGGAGGACGGCUCGCUCAUCAUCGACGAGGAGAGUUUGACAGUGGAGGUCCUUAGGGCGAAAGGCCCUAACCCCAUGGAGGACAGAGACCCUAUCUUUGAGCGGGGCUCCACCACCACCUACUCCAGCUUCAGGAAGCCCACCUACUCCAAGCCUUGGUCCAGCCAAGAGACAGACAUGUUUUACCUGGCCAUCAGCAUGGUGGGCACUGACUUCUCCAUGAUCGGCCAACUGUUUCCUCAUCGAGCUCGAAUAGAGAUCAAGAACAAGUUCAAGAGGGAGGAGCGAGAAAACGGCUGGAGAAUAGACAAAGCUUUCAAAGAGCGACGUAAGAUGGACGUGGAGUUCUUCAGCAACCUCCUGGAAAAGAUCCUGGCCAUAGGGAAGAAGAAGAAAGUGAAGUCUCCGACAGAGAAGAAGGUCAGGAAGGCACGCCAGAGCAAACCGAAAGCCAAGAAGCUGAGCGACGUGGAGGAAGAGGAGGAGGACGAGGAGGGCGCGGAGCUGGAAGGAGAGAAGGAGAACGAGGCCGUCCUGAACGAGGACGGGACGGCCGGCGCCACGCCGAAAAAGAAACGCAGAAGAAGCGCCGACGACGGAGCGUCUUCCCCCGCAAAAUCCAAGAAGAAGAAAAAGGGCAAAUCGCUCAGUGAAGAUGAGGCUGGUGUCCCUGAAGAUUCCGAAGCUGCUUUGCCCGAGGACCAGUCACCUCUGGAGAGCUCUCAGAAGGCAGACGAGGCCGUUCCAGCACCCAAGGGCCCUGUGAUCAAGCCAGCCCAGCUGUCCCGGGGCCGAGCCCCCAGACCCAUCCCUAUCCUGGGCCGAAGGUGGGGUCAGAAGAGCCCAGCUCCCAGCACCGGCCCCAGGGGAGCCACGUCUACAGCCGGGGACCAGAGCACGGAGGACUCAACCCCUCAAGAACAGGAGGUCGCGUCUCCUUCCGAGGCGCAGGGUCGGAGGCAGGAGGCGAGGCAGGACGCGAGGCAGACCGAGGAGGUUCAUUCCUCUGACGAAGAGGAGGAGACCACGGUUGCACCUGCCAAACCUACACGGUACGGCAGGACACCCAAGCCCACACAGCAUUUGAACUACCCUGCCAAGGACGAUGGCCCCGCCCCCGCCUGCGAUGCUGCUUCGGAGGGACCCAGCGGCCCCGCCUCCUCCAAAGCCAAACCCACCGCUAGGAGGGGCAAAGUCCGGUCUGGCCCCUCCCUGCCCCAGAACAAGAGCAAAGCCAGUCCCAGGAAGCCCAAGCUGGUGACCCUCCGGGCGUCCCUGUCAGAGGAGAGUGAAGAAGAGGGAGAGGAGGCGCUGGGGGAGGGGCUUCUGGAGGAGGAAGAUCUGCACCUUCCCACCAGCCCCGCGAUGGAGAGCCAAGCACCCGUGUUCGUCCCCUACGCUCUCCGCUCUCCACAACCGGUGGUCUCAGAGCUAGAAGAGACCAUGGAGGAGCUCGACAUCUCCAUCAACAUGCCUGACGUCCUGGGCAUCCCCGACGGCGCCCUCUGCCCCGACGCCUCGUGCGAGCGGGGGGAGGGGGGGGCGGGGGGCGAGGUGCCCUGCGAACAUCAGCUGGACCUGCUGGUUGAUGUCAUCGACUUCCUGUCUCCAGAGCCCAUGGAAGAAUCUGAGGAGAGCUACAACGAGGCAGCUCGGACCCUGCUUACGAUAAGCAACCAGACGCUUCUGUCCCAGGACCCCCAGGACUGCUGCACAGAAACUAGUGUUCUCAUCGAGGACGAACCCCAACAUCAACCACCCACCGACCAAUCACAAAGCGAAACAGGUCCACCCGCGACCCCUGACCCCGUAGUCGCUGUGGCGCCGCGGCCGUCCCCCGAUCCGUCUGUGACGACAGCGGACUCUGUCCCCGCGCGACAGGGCAGCGACGCCCCGCCCACACAGGGGGAAUCGACCAACGAGAGCAAACCCGGACCCCCCUCCCAGGCAGAGACGGGCUCGGACGGUUCGGAACUCGCCUCCUCCCACACCCGGAGAACCCGCUUCCCCAAGCCCAAACCCAACCUGGGCCGAAUCGCCAGAAGCGCCCCGUCGAAACCACAGCCGGCAGACAAGACGCUCGCUCCUCUGAAGCCUGUGGAGAUGCCCUUGACCCUGACCGCAUCUUCAGAAGCACAGUCUGGGGUGGGCACAGCCGCCCCCUCUCCUCAGACCACCGCCUCCCCCUCACCUCAGACCACCGCCUCACCUCAGACCACCGCCGCCCCCUCACCUCAGACCACCGCCUCACCUCAGACCACCGCCGCCCCCUCACCUCAGACCACCCUCUCACCUCAGACCACCGCUGCCCCCUCUCCUCAGACCACCGCCGCCCCCUCACCUCAGACCACCGCUGCCCCCUCACCUCAGACCACCGCUGCCCCCUCACCUCAGAUCACCACCCCCUCACCUCAGACCACCGCCACCCCUUCUCCUCAGACCACCGCCGCCCCCUCACCUCAGAUCACCGCCCCCCCCUCACCUCAGACCACCCUCUCACCUCAGACCACCGCUGCCCCCUCACCUCAGACCACCCCCGCCGCCUCACACUCCGAACCACCACAAGCCACCCAGCUCACGCCACAUCCAAAUCGUCUGCCUUCAUACGCUCCACCCUCCCCUGAAUCGACCUUCCUUGCGGUUCCGGAAGGAGCGACUCCUUCUAUGGAGAACCUGGCGUCUCCGUCUGUAGUUACCGAAACGUCGAAGGCCACUGAAGCCUCGGAGACGAUCGCAAGACCAGACUCGGUCCCACAGACGCCAGAGACCAGUGACAGACCCCCUGCUGAUUUCCAACCCACCGAGGUGGCAUCCACCAAUCAGGGGACGGGAUGCAAAGUGGUACCCGCCCCUCCUGAGGAGUCGGGCUCAGAGAGUUCAGAGCAGACCGCCUCCCAGGCCAAAAGAAGCCGUUUCCCCAAACUCAAGCCCAAACCCAACCUGGGCAGGGCCUCCAGGACGACCCAGCCUAAACCGCAGCUUGCGGCGGAAACGUCCGUUCAGCUGAAGCCUGUUGAGAGUUCCUCGAUCGUGGCUGCGUUUUCGGAAGCACGGCCUGGCCAGAAAGACGCCGAAAGUCUUCCCAGCAGCAUCCCAGUCUCCAAACCACUCCCUGCGGAGGACAAACCGUCUCUAGUCCCGCCCACAGACACUAGCACGCACUCCACACAUCCCGACAAGGAGCGGGAAGGCCAAAUUGGACCGUCCCUUCUGGUGAAGCCGGGCUCGCAACCCGCCGUUCAGGAGACGGUGAGUGCCGUUGGGUCCGUCUCCAGAACCGAGUCGGGCUCCGACAGUUCCGAUCCGACUGUCCCCCAGCCCAGAAGGACCCGCUUCCCCAAGCCCAAACCCAACCUGGGCCGUGCCUCCAGAACCGCCCAGUCUAAACCACAGCCUGCCGAGGAGACUUCGACGGCAACCUCGAAAUCCCCACCCGCCGAUGGCGUGACGGCUCCCUCGGAACGCCAACCCGGCAGCGAUACUCCCGGCAACACCAUCUCCUCUCCAGGGUCUUCUCCGUGCCUCAGACCCUCUGCAGACCAGCCCGGAGGAGAUCUCCAGCUGUCUGGGCCACCAGAGACCUCCGCUCCUGUCCUCAUGCCGCACAGGUCGCCCCCCGGUGAGAUGGAGGAGGGUCUCAAGCAGCUGUCGUGCAUGGAGAUGGAGACGUCUAAGGUGGAGGCGAGGAGACUUCCUGACCCGGCCCCCGACCCACCGAAGGGAUCUCGCACAGCCCGCUUACCCAAGCUCAAACCCAGCCUGGCCUGUGGUGGCCAAGCCAUGCUCUCCCACUCCAGUUGGAGCGCUACGCCAUCAAAACCAGGCCCCAGUGUUAAAAAGUCUACUCUUGGGCAGCUGGCCGCCCAGAUCUUAGACAUCAGCAAACCCCCAAGCCGAAGAACAGCCAAAAGACCACUAGGUGGCGCUCCUCGCCCUGAAACGACAGCACAGACUCGCUGGCAGCUCCCUGCCGAAGACGUCAGCGCUUCUCUCGUCUCGACUGCAGCUGCUGUGGAUGUCAUCCAGACUCCAUGUGUCGAGGAUCCAAGCUCUCCCGUCACCAGGACAAACUCGGAAGCAGUGGACCUGGCCCCCUCAGACCCAGAGGAGCCCUUCUUCAUCCUGUCUCUGACCGAGAUCCCAGUCCUCCUCUCAGGGGAGGAGAUGGCUCCCGCACCCCUGCCCUUCCUCCAGGCCCCAGAGCCAGCCUGCCCUCAAGCACAAAGUACGACGGCUGUCCUUGGGGGAAAGGUGACCUCGGGAAGUGACGGAGUGCUGCGGAAUGUUCCGGAACCCACAGUCGAGCCGGAGGGCAUGGUCAGGAGCGAGGAGGCCAGGACUGACGUGUGCGAAGAGCCGGCAGUGAACGAGGACGAGGAGGCGGACCCUCCCCGUAAAAAACGCAAACUCCCAAUCAAGAGCAGGAGAGCCAAACCGGAGGUUAAAUCAACCGCCACAAGGAAGGAACGAGCCGAUCACGCCACCUCUGCACGCCCGACAUCAGCCGCCUCUCCCUCAACCCAGCCGCAGGAACCGGCCCCCUCAGAACCUGACCUUGCCCCUGUCCCCUCCCCCGCGUCCACCCGCCCCCUAGCCCACACCCAGGCCUCCCCCGCGGAGACACGGGGAGGAUCUGUGGGACCGACGGAAAGCUCCGGAAGGCAGGGAGUGGCGGAGGACGGCGGUUUGACUUUGGAGUCUCAGGAUGUUCACGGUAUCACGCCGUUGGCCGCGAGUAGCCCUCUCAGCAGACCUGGUAGGAGACCCAGGGGAUUUCUGUCCUUCAUGGCUGACAAGAGCAACCCGAGCCCCACCGGGGGCCCCCGAGGUACCAAAGCUGCCUCCCGGAAGCCCCAGCUCGGCACCUCACGACCGGGGAGGAAAGCGGGCGCCCCUGCCCUCACAUCACGCGCCCCUGCCCUCACAUCAAGCACCCAAACCCUCACAUCGAGCGCCCCUGCCCUCACAUCAAGCGCCCCUGCCCUCACAUCGAGCGCCCCUGCCUUCGGAUCAAGUGCCCCUGCCCUCACAUCACCAGCAGAGGUCGAGGCCUCGGGGCCCCCUGAUGUCAGCUGUGCGUGGGCCCACCUGGCCCACCCUGAACCUGGAGUCUCCAGCCAACCAGGACUGAGCACCUUCCAGUGUUCCUCUACUGCUGAGGUGGAAGGCUGGCAGCAGAGCGAGGUGUCCUCAGCAGCUGAAGAGGAGGACAUCAGCGUGUCACAGUACUUCUUCAGUGACAUCUUCACCGAAGUGGAGAAUGAGGGAUGACCGGAGAACUGGACGGGGUUACGGGGAGAACAAGACAGCACUCGCGGUGACGCAGCGGUGAUGCCUGCUGAGUGAUGUCACAGGUCAAGGCUUUAGGAGGCACUUCAGUGACAGCUGUCUCACUGAUUAGGUUGCUCACGGUUUUUUUCGUGACACUAAUAUGACAUUUCCAGUUACAGUCAUACUAUUGAGGGAUCCGAGAAUAUAUUUCACCCAAGGUUGCCAACCGCCUAAGUGUUAUAUAUAUAU